AGUAUUAAAAAUAUCAAAGAACUAAAACUUAACAUGAUGUAACGUCGUUUUGUAAUGGACGACGAAGGACCCAUUAUGGUUGCACACACAGACAACUGGCAUGUGAAAGGCAUGUGAAAUGGAUUGGACAACAUAGCUAAGGCCAGGAUGAUAGCUAACAUAUUGCAUUUUUAAACCACUACCCAGUGGACUGGUAUCUGUGCAACAAAACAACACAAUGGCAGCCCGUACUGCAGAGGUGCUGCUCGGGUGGGCCCUGCGGAUAUGCAACCACCGACGUCCAUGGCAACACCGUGGCCCUCAGAUGUUGAUGAUAGAGAGCUUUGACAGAGGACUGUCUCAUAUCUGGAGCACAGGACCAAGUCAUAGACCGUUGGCUGGACUAGCUAUAUACAAAGUGAGGUAUUAUUCUCAGGGUAAAACAUAUGGGCAGGACGUGGUGGAAAGAAAGCAAGGCAACUCCAUAAAGACUCAGAGCUCUGAAACCUGGUCUUCACCAAGUCGGACAUCCCCGGACCAGCCAGCCAAAAGGGUGCCGUUUUACGACCAGCUGAGGGAGUGCGGUUCCCCCUCGGAUGUGCUCCACCUGGCCGGCCAGUACACAGCCACACACCGGCGGGUGAGCAACUGCCUGACGCGCUGCUGGGAGUCCACCAAGAAGAUGUCAGAGGAGCAGCGACGCUACGAACUGCGCAUUAUGUUCGAGCACGCUGGCUUCGAGGAGCUCCUCCAGAGGACCAUGCAGGACGCGCGGCACAUGCGCAGCGAGGACCUAGCCUACAGCCUGCUGGCCACAGUAAAGCUGGGCGUGUCGCAGAGCAGCCGCGUGGUCCAGACCCUCCUCCGAGUCUGCCAGGAGAACCUCAAUGAGUUUGAUGAGAAGUCCCUGUCAGUGCUGGCUUCCUGUCUGGAACACCUGGAGAGCAGCCCCAAUGGGGACGCACUGAAGGAGGGAGUCAGGCUAAUGAUCGAGGCUCUACUGCCGAGGAUCCAGAACGUCAUGUCCCUUCAGACCUUGAUGCGCCACAUGGGCCGGGAAACCCCGGUGGACAUCAAGAAAAAACUGGAGAGAAAGGCCCUGUCAUUAGCAGACCAGUUCACUCUUCCGAACUCCCAGUAUAUGAUCACUACGCUGGCCUCUAUGGGCUUCUGCUCCAAGCCACUGUUGGCCGUCUGCAGCAGGAAGAUUGCAGAGCACGUCCACGGAGUCCCCUUCCACCGCCUGGUGAGUGUGCUGAGGGCCUAUAAGGAGCUGCACUCCAGAGACGUGGCCCUGUUCACCGCCAUCUCUGACUACGUGGCCUCCAGCAUCACUAUGUGGAAUAACAAACAGUUGAUUCUCUUCCUGUCUGCGUUUGAGGAUCUAGCUUUCUGCCCCACGGCCAUGUUGGACGCCUUUGCAGAGAGAGUGACUAAGAACCCGGACGCCCUGGGGCUCAAAGACGUCCUCAGCAUUCUGAAGACCUACUCGUCCCUAAACCACAACCUACAGGGCUACAGAGAGCCGUUCCUGGAGGGCGUGACCCACGUGGUGGUGUCCUACCUUCCCAAGAUGGCUGCCUCCGACCUGCUGAAGGUGGUCUACUGCCUGUGUCUGCUGGGCCACUUUCCUGCCGCCCCACUGGAACAGCUGCUGCAGAAGGAGACACUGGAGGAGAUCAGUGCCAGAGGUGGGCGGCUGCAGAAGGGGAUGGAAAAAAAGCUGCAGAUCGUGGACCUGUGCCUCAGGCUGGACCAACCUUCUCUCCCUAAGCCCCUGACCGUCCCUCCCGAGGCUCUGGGCUCUCCAGCCCCUAACGACCUGUCCAUUAACCCAGGGCUGUCUAUGACCCUGCAGAGCAUCGCCCAGGAAGGGCUGCUACAGGAGGGUGUGAUGGUUGAAGACCAAUACUUCAUAGAUGGUGUGAUAACCCAACCCGGAUCUCUACAAGAAGCCACAGGAGGGAGGGCACCAUCUGAGGGCGAGUUUCCGCCACCUGAGAACAGUCAAAGAAUUGCAGUAUUCUGCGCAUCCCCGUCCUCUUUCUGUUAUGGUACCUCCCGUCCCCGUGGAAACCUGGCUAUCAAGUUGCGUCAUCUGACGGUCCUAGGAUACACCCCAGUCGUGGUGUUGGAGCACGAGCUGGACAAUCUGUCCGAAGAGGAGAGAACAGAGCUCCUCAAAACACGGAUCUUUCCAGAACAGGAGAGACCUGCUAACGUCGAACAGAUGACAGACUGACGGACACAGAGAGAGCGAGGACAUGGCUCGUUCAGACAAGAAAACCCCGACCUGGUUCUGUGGUCAGUCUGGUCACGAUCCUGUUCUGGUCCUGUCAUUCGUUGCACAGGAACUGCUGGUAUACUGAAUUGACUACAUGAAGACUGUUGUCGAAAAUAUCUGUGUGUGAAUGUCUCACUAUUUAACUAGAAAGUAAAUGGGAACAAACUCCCAUCUGUCAUUGCUCCUCAUAUUUUUGAGGGAAUCUGUGUUGGAAUCUGUGUUGCGUAAGUGUUCCAGUUUGUUUUAAGUAAGUUCAAUCCUGUUGAAGUAACUUAAAGUUAAGUAACACAACUUUCAGCAUCUUAAUACCUCUCAUGGGUUAUUCCUAAAUAGUCUAAGUUCAUAUCCUCGCCUCCUCUCCUUCAUCUGAGCAGCCUGUCCAGAGGAAGGACCAGAGGAAGGAAAGGGGACGAGGAGAAGCUACUGUAGACUAUUGAGACAGAAAGCCAUGUUUCUACUGGGUUUGUGUGUCUCAUUUAGAAUACGUCACUUGAGGUUACUGGAUUUGCCAAAAGUGAGGCCCAAUCCUAAAUGGACCCCUAGACCCUACACCCUGUGCACUUGUGGAGAUCGCAUAUGAUUUGAUGGGUUUAAGCAAUACGGUGAAACUUCAACCUAGCCUAACAGAGGGCCAGUUGGAAUGAAUUGCUUAUACCCAUUAAAUCCUCUUACAUCUCCGGAAGUGCAUAGGGUGAGUGUCUAGGGGUUGAUUUGGGAUUGGACAUGAAAUUGUUUGAUUGAUGCCAUGUCAUUGAAAUGUGUUGAGUAGAGGUGGUUAUGGGAACUGAUGUUCUAACAACGAAAGGGUUUAUAAUCACGACUGUCACUUAUGCUGAAAAUAAAAUGACAUAGAAACAGUCAUCCACUAUA